GAGAGGAAAAUGGGCGGACUGAACCUAGCAGUGGCUCUGGGUGAAAACUGCCGUACAUACAUGUACGUAUACCGUGCACACUACCGUAUAUGUCAACGGAGAGAUUGACCGAAGAAUAAACAGUGUGGCGGACAUCCGACUUGUUCGCUCAUUCUCUCCAACUACCUGCAUACAUAAUUUCCUGGCAAAGCAGCAGAAGAGAGGACUUUCGUUUCGUCGCACGCAAUGUGUAACCCGCAUACGGUGUUUGUAUACCCGACUGCUUAGGCUUCGCUCAGGCGAAUGAAGUGAGCUCAUUUUCAUAUUAUUCGUGAGCGAUGGGCAAUAUUCGAACCGUUGGCGGAGAUUCGUGGUGAAACACGGCGCACGUAUCCAGCUCUCUGGCAACUUCAUCGGCUUGUUAUCUCUACUCUUCGCGCCUAUUCUGAGCCCCAGAUGGAUGGAUGUAUACACUGUGGCCUCACACCAGAUUGCCGCCUUUGAUUACAAUGAGCUUAUGGAUGUAAUUUAACUGUCUUUCAAUGAGAUGAUGCUUCCAUCUUCAACAAUGGCGUCGUGAUGAGUGUGUAAAUUACGACCAACCUGUGGGAUUUUAUCUUUUUGUAUCAUAAACGCCCAUAUUUUUUUUCCACAUUCCUAGGCAAGGCUGUGCCUUUUGUCUGACUCCUUAAGCUAGCAAAUAUGUUGAAUUUCUUUCGAAGGAGGAAGAAAACUUCCAGUGGAAAAUCAUCCACAUCUCAAACAUUAACUCCUCUACCUGCUCAGGAUCCGGCGGCGGCGGCCCCGUCGUCAGCACAGGCCUCGUCUGCCAGUGCUUCUCAAGAUACUCCUCCAGUCACUGAGCAGUUGGAGAAGACUAAACCUUCCCCUGCCACGCCCAGUCCUGCACCCCAAACAGAGGAAGCGGAAGAGAACGAUGAACCAGCCUCAACACCCCCUGUGGUACAGACCAAAGGACGCAGGCGUCGUGGUGCCUUCAGCGCUGAACCCUUAACUGAAGAGUAUGCAGCUUCCUAUGUUAAGAAGGUUAUCCCGAAAGAUUAUAAGACCAUGGCUGCCUUGUCCAAGUCCAUCGCCAAAAAUGUGCUGUUUUCCCAUCUGGAUGAGAAUGAGCGAAGUGAUAUCUUUGACGCCAUGUUCCCGGUAAAGCACAACAAAGAUGAGGUGGUCAUCCAACAAGGUGAUGAGGGAGAUCAUUUCUACAUCAUCGAUGAAGGUGAAGUCGACAUCUAUGUGGAGAACACCUUGGUGACUACCAUUGGGGAAGGAGGUAGCUUUGGUGAGCUGGCACUCAUCUAUGGAACACCCAGAGCUGCUACAGUUAAGGCUAAAGGUGAUCUGAAGCUGUGGGGAAUUGACAGAGACAGCUAUCGACGCAUUCUGAUGGGAAGCACUUUGCGCAAACGCAAGCUCUAUGACUCUUUCCUGACCAAGGUGUCUAUCCUCGAGAGCCUGGACCAGUGGGAGCGUUUGACUGUUGCAGACUCGCUAGAGCCGGUGAAUUUCGAGGACGGAGAGAAGAUUGUCUGCCAGGGUGAUCCUGGAAAUGACUUCUAUAUCAUUGUUGAGGGCCAAGCAUCAGUUCUGCAGAGGCGUACUGAACAAGAUGAGUUCAUUGAAGUGGCUAAGCUGGCAGCCUCUGAUUAUUUUGGUGAGAUUGCCCUUGUCCUGAACCGACCCCGCGCUGCCACCGUCAUUGCCCGAGGCUCCCUCAAGUGCGUCAAGCUGGACCGAGAGCGCUUUGAGCGUGUGAUGGGACCCUGCGCAGACAUCCUGAAGCGCAACAUCACCCAGUACAAUAGCUUUGUCCAGCUCGUAGUGUAGUCCAGACACAGUGACCUCUUAACCCCCUUACCCCUUCUCAUCACCUCCUCAAAUCAACGAGCCUUCAAACUCUGUGUGUACGUUGUGUUCCUAUAGACCCUUAUCAUACUGCCACCAUCUUGGUUAUGUUUCCUGCAUCCAUGAAUGGAAGCUAAUAUGCAUUGUAUGGAAAUGA